UUUCAAUCUGGACCCAUGCAUUUCCUCCUUCAAGUGGCGAUCUCAGUCUUGCCCAUCGCACUCUACUAUUUUCUGAGACCUAAAGGAGAUCCUAUCCCGGAUUUGCCAGGUCCAGAGUCCUCGUCGUGGUUUUAUGGGAACUUGGCCGAACUUCUCCUCGCCCCGGAAUAUGGCAAGUACGAGUUUACCUGGCUCAAGCGAUUCGGAAGCGUGUACCAAAUCCGGGCCUGUUUGGGACGCACCCAAAUCGUCAUUGCGGACCCGGUAGCGAUGCAUCACGUGUUCAGCAGUCCGAAGUGGGACCAAGGGCCUCCCCUUUCAAUGACGGCGACCAUGACUUUUGGAUUGCAGAGCGUGCAGAGUGUCAGAGCUGCGGGACCUGAGCAUCGUCAUUUACGAGGGGCGCCCAACGGCGGCUUCACAGCCUCCGUUGUUCAGAGCUACGAAACAAUAUUUGAGAGGGUUGCUGCAGGGAUUUCCGAAAGAAUUGACUCGAGCACCACUGAUACUAUCGAUCUCGCGGACAUGCUCUCGGAUGCGACAUUAUCUGCCAUCUCACUUGCUUUGCUCAGUCGCCCUGUCGAAGAGCUUGACCCCGGUUUCAUUCAACUCAAUACCAAGCUUCUUCGUACGGCGGCAAGAACUUCGAAAAGAGACCUUUUAUCGACUGAUUUACUGACCAAGUACAUCCCUCGACGCCUGCUCUACAAGCUGUUGCACUUUCGAGUAGCAGGGUGGCACCCAGUGACGCAAGGCCGAGACCUCGGUCUCGCUCUCGGACGGGCUGUUGUCGAGAACAAGUUGCGCGUUCAAGCAUCGGGCGAGGACCAAGGAACCGGGGAUGUGUAUGAUCUACUUUUGUCAGGCAAAGCGGGCGGCGCGGGGACCAAAAAGCUGGAUACCGAGGAACUGAUCGCUCAAACGUCCGUCCUUCUUGUGGCUGGUCAGGACACAACCGCAAACACCCUGGCCUUAUGUCUCAUUGAACUGGCCCGCAAUCCCGCCCUCCAAGAUCAGCUCCGCACGGAAAUUCAGGCUCGCGCGCCAGCGCAGCACUACAACCAGCUCCCGCUGCUCAAUGCCGUCAUCAAAGAGGCGCUGCGGAUGUUCCCCGCGGAACCUGUCACGGACCGGGUUGCGUAUGCAGACGACAUCAUCCCUCUUUCGGAGCCGGUUCUGGACCGCCAUGGGCGGACGAUCGACUGCAUCCCUGUUCGGAAGGGGCAAGUUGUGACCAUGGGCAUUGCCUCGUACCAAAGGAUGGCGUCUCGAUGGGGAUCAGACGCGAUGGAGUUCAACCCAAUGCGAUGGUUGGAGGGAGGCUCGGUCCAGACCAGCGACGUCAUUGGCCCUUACGCAAAUCUAAUGAGCUUCAUAAGCGGAGCACGAACCUGUGUUGGGAACCUGACUCGGUAUCCAGCUGGCGUUUUGCGUGGGUUGUCCCCUGUCUGCCCUUUUACAUGCUCGAACCAUUCCUCCAGCGUCAUGGAAAUGCAAAUCAUCCUCUGCGAACUUCUUAGCAAAUUCAAAUUUGGCAUUCCGCCAGGGAGCAAGACUGUUACGCGGCUGGCGCAAACCUUAUUUCCGUUGAAUGGUGAAACUGGAGAGAAAUGUGCUAUGCUACAGGUCAAAUCCGUAUGA